AUGGACGAUGUUGGGAUCCCUGUUAUUGACACCGAUGAGUCUCUGUUUUCCAUCAUCCCAAAACUCUCCCAAUUUAUCACCAACGCAGUUGGUGAAAUUGCGUUUUCAUUCGAGGACAUGAGCCAUGAAUCUCGUGGCCACCGUCUUCGUCAACUAGUACACACUUUGGCCGAGGACAGUCACAAUCCCUUCAUUAUUGUAGCCUUGAUGAUUCUCAAGUGGGAAUUUUCAAGUGUCGCCGAUGACGACUGGGGAUUGUAUGAAAGUCGAGGUGCAGCCUGUGAAUUUGUUGCAUGGCAAUACCUGUGUUAUCUGAACCAGAUUGAAGCCAUUGACUUUCUACUGGAAGAGCUUCCGAUUCCCCGUCGCAAUUCAACAAAUCUGACCGAGGUUGAACGGGGUGAUCCGGGCGAUCCUGAGUUUGAAAUUGCACACGAAACAGAAGCAACACCGCUUCUGUCCCGCUCACCGACCCCUCUCCACCUUCUUGGACUUGGUAAAAGAAGUGCAGCGGCUCAAAAGAACCAAGACUACUCGGAGCUCUAUGGCUCAGACCAUGAGAGGGAGGACUUUUCACGGUAUUUCCAGUUUUUUGGGCUCAACGCAUUGGAGAUUGCGGCUGUCGCUCAAGCCAAAAGAUUUCUUAGUCAGCGUGUUGUUCAGCGUAUGGUCAAUGACAUCUGGAAGGGAGAGAUUGUUUUCUGGGACUCGCUCACCGUUCUUUCGACCAAGAAGCCGCAAAUAUUCAACCGCAGAACAGCAGAUCCAUACUCGCGCAUGCGGGUCCCUGUGUAUCGAAAGAUGUUUGAGGCAGGAUUCUUUCUUUCCCUGCUGUUUCUGUACUACACAGUACUCGUGGAGAGGUCGCCAAGCUCAAUCGGUCGAUUUGAGAUUCUGAUGGACAUUUGGAUUGUCGCCUUUGCCUACGACGAGCUUAGUGGACUUGUCGAUGCUGGAGUACUCUUCUAUCAGAUGGAUUUCUGGAGCCUGUGGAACCUCGGCAUUAUAGGAGUUGGAUUUGCAUUCAUCAUUACCAGGGGCAUUGGUCUAAUUAAAAACGAUGACUACAUCCUCAAUUUGUCAUUCGACAUUCUCUCCUUAGAGGCACUCUUUCUGGUUCCAAGAAUAUGUUCGCUUGUAAGCUUGAAUGCUUAUUUCGGAAGUUUGAUACCAGUGAUGAAAGAGAUGACAAAAGCAUUUAUGAGGUUUUUACCGGUAGUGCUUAUCAUUUACGCAGGGGGUCAAAAAGCAUUUCUGACAACCUUUUCGCUUCUUGCUCGUGACCGAUUCUCCGUUAGUGAAAUGUCUUACCUGCUGUUGAAGGUGUUCUUUGGGUCUGGGACACUUGGAUUGGAUAAUGCAUUGGAGAUCUCUCCGAUAUUCGGCUAUGGCUUGAUGUUGAUUUUUGUCCCAUUGAGCAACUUUUUGCUCCUUGCAUGCCUUAUCAGUUUGAUGGGUAUGAGUCUAGAGGGAGUAAUGGCCCACGCUCGUGAGGAGUAUCUUUUCCAGCUAUCUAUCUACGUCCUGGAAAGUAGCAAUUCCCGGCGCUUAACAUAUUUCCUGCCACCUCUGAACCUAAUUCCACUCCUAUGCAUCCGACCUUUACGACUAUUUUUAUCCGCGGGGACAGUCCGCCGAGUACGCAUCGUCUUACUUCGAGCAACCCAUCUUCCAUUUGUAAUGAUGAUCUGGAUUUAUGAGUCAACCUGUCAAGAUUCGGACAAAUUAUCCUCUCGGUCCUCUCGACCUUUAGGAGGACGACCACCUAGCACUGCCGCGAGCGAGCCUAGUGUUUCCAGGUUCCAGGCCCCAAUGCAUCCUUCUGUGGUUGAAGUGAAUCGUCUAAGACUGGGCCAUGAGCGACUUAAUGUUGAUUCGCAGGGAGCAAGUGACUCUAACAUACCGCGAUCUGGGCAGACACAGCUUGUGGAUGUCAUGGAUGCUGUGGAACGACUCCGGGUACAGGUUGAGCAAGUGAGCAUGACGCUCGCGGCGCAGCAACGAGGCAACUAA